CAGGUGGCAGCGAGAUUUGUUUCAUCUAUAAGCCGGAGCCACGUUUUGCCUUCAGAAGAAUUUGUUGUGAAUUUAAUUUCUCACCUUUCUCAACAAUUAGAGUUUUAAUUUAAUUAUUCAUCAUGAUCCCAACAUUCACCGACAUCCAGGAACUUGGUCAGUGUGAAGAGCUUCGUGUCUAUUUCAAUAGUCUUGGUGCUUCUUUGGUUAAACCGGAUGAAGAUGGUUUCUAUGAAGAUCUAAAGCAAAUUAUUAGCGUUUGUGAUCUAUGUUUCAAGGAAGAAAAAGAUUCCGAUAAACAAUCGGUUCUCAAUAGUAUUGUGUCAUUGCUUAUUCAAGUACCUCAAACUGAUUCAGUUUGUAGUGAAUUGAUCAAUGCUUUUUGUGCCAAAUUGGUUGAAACUGCAAAUCCCAGUGAUGGAUUGAUUAGCAUUAAAAUUUUGCAAAAUCUUUUCGAGGGAACUGGUGCUAAUCCAAGCCUUAACUAUGAUAUUUACUUAAGUCUUGUCAAAAUCGCCGGCAGUAUUGGUCAUAUUGACCUGGUCUAUGAGGACUUGAACAAGGUUCGAUCAAUGUACAAUAAGGAAAGUGUUGGUCUUGAUAAGGUGCAAAAACUCUUAAGACUUUUACAUGAAGUUCUCUCAAAGGAAAAUAGCCAUGAAGCAUCAAAAGUCAUGAUUGAAUUGUUAGGAACUUAUACCGAGGCCACUGCAUCUCAAGCUCGAUCUGAUGCACAUCGUUGUAUAGUUUCAUUUCUUUCGGACCCAAAAACUUUUCUCAUGGAUCAUCUUUUAGCAUUGAAGCCUGUUAAGUUUCUCGAAGGCGAAUCAAUUCACGAUCUUCUCCUAAUCUUUGUCUCAGACAAGCUUACUGGAUAUAUCAAAUUCUACAAUUCUCAUAAACAAUUGAUUGAAAAUUUAGGUUUGUCACAUGAACAAAAUCUGCAUAAGAUGAGAUUGUUAACUUUCAUGCAAAUUGCUGAGAACAAAAAGGAGCUUUCUUUCCAAACAAUUAAGGAAGAAUUGCAAUUAAAAGAUGAGGACGUUGAAGCUUUUGUCAUCGAUGUUCUAAGAACCAAAUUAUUAAAGGCAAAAGUUGAUCAAGUUAACAAGAAGGUUUCAGUCACUUCAACCAUUCAUCGGACUUUUGGAAGACAACAGUGGCAACAACUUCGAGACACUUUGACACAAUGGCAAGAAAAUCUUGCUCAUAUCCACAACACCAUUGGCAAUGCUAUUUAUGCUCAACAUGAACCAAUGGCACCAAUUAAUGCUAAUCCAAUUCCCUCUUGAAUCAAAAAUAGUAUCAAAAAGUGUAUUAAAAAAAAGUGAUUCCAUACGAGAGGUUGAACAAUGAAAA